CCAAGUGCCUGUCUACUUCUUUUACUUUCGCUUGUUCUAGUUUGUAAACUAGAGUUGUCUUCUCCCCUCAUUCUAUUUUCUUUUUCCUUCUUCUUUUACGCUAUAUUAUCGCAAGGGAAAAGAUGUUUCCUGUGAAAAGUUUCAGUGGGGUUGAGAAUAACAACAGCCCGGUCAUGUUAAUGGAGGGUGAAGAUUCCCUUAAGGAUUUAUCAGAGAGAAAAACAAUGGAAGCCUGUAAGAGUCACAAGGAAGCUGAAAGGAGGCGCAGGCAACGUAUCAAUGCCCAUUUCUCCACUCUCCGCUCUGUCCUCCCCAACACCACUAAGACGGAUAAGGCGUCGUUACUGGCGGAGGUUGUUCAUCACGUGAGGGAGCUAAAGAGGCAAGUGGAAGACGUAGGGCGGCGCGACCGCGACGGUUGUUGUAGUAACAGCCGACCGGAGCUCGACACGUCGUGGCCGUUUCCUGGGGAAUGUGACGAGGCGACGUUGAGCUUUUGUGACGAAGGAGGGAAGUUGUUAAAAGCGACGAUUUGCUGCGAGGAUAGGCCGGGUUUGAACCACGAUUUGAGCCGGGUGAUCAGGUUGGUCCAGGCUAAGGUGGUUCGAGCUGAGAUGACGACGGUUGGUGGGCGGACCAAGAGCGUCGUGGUGAUGCAAUGGAGCGGCGAUGAGGAGCAAGUUGGACCGUUGAAACGGGCUUUGAAGGAUGUGGUGGAGAACCGGGUUUCUAGGUUGGCCCAAGGGACGGGAAGUAAACGGGCUCGGGUUUUUGGGUCGAAUAGUGAAACUGGACAUGGGUUUUUGGUAGGUUGAGGAAGUGUUUGAUUUUGUUGAUGUGAUAAUGGCAUAAUGGUAAAUUAGAAAAUAACUUGAAUAUUAUAAGGUUAAAUUAAAUGUGUAUAUAUAUUAUAUUAUACUCUCAAUUGGUUAAUUUUGAGGAAUUUGGGAUGCUUUAUUAUUAUAGUAUAUAUAAGAGAGGUUUCUUCAAGUUUUCCUUAUUUAUCUUUUCCUACUAUUUAUAUUUAUAAUAAAUAAGGCAUGCUUGUCUACUUAUUUGGUGCUUUCUUUUCUUUUGUUUGUCAACUCUUUUAACUCCAUAUGUUAUUUUUAAAAUUAAUGUCAAUUUUAAUUUUUACCA